UCGAUGUGAUGCCGACGUCCUUCCGUGUUCGUCGCUCUUCGCCUCGCCCCGCACUUCUCUACUCGCUGAUCUCUGCCUCGCUGGUGCUUCUCCUGGUGGUGUCGGCCGGACUCUUGCCCCCUACUAGGACAACGGCGACGGCACCAGAACGGCGACUCCCAGAUAUCAUGAGCGAGAAAACCGAGGACGGAGUCUCUCCGCAGCAGCAGCAGCAGCAGGGGGGGGGAUACCGAGCCAACCGGGUGGCAGCGGGUAACGAUUUCGUUAAGUUUGUGCUCCAAGAGAGCGUCGGGAGCGACGGCAGAGACCCCGCCGAGGCGGCGACGUGGCGUACCCUGAACUUCCGAGAGGUCGCCGACCUCUUCAAGAAAGGCUUGCCGGACUGUUUCUUGGAGUCCAUGAAGGAGGCCAACUUCGAAGCGGUGUUUUGGGAGUCGGCACCUGUCACAAGGACCACGACGGACAAACCGUACGAGUACGUGCUAGUGGACUCUCCAAGGCUGGCGGCGGUGACGGCAGAUGGCCGUCCGUUCGCCGAACACAUCGCGUCCCGAAAAGGCACCAACGACGUGGUUUCCUUCCGAAAUCUCCGGAGAGACGCUCGACUCGUCGUGCCGUGCCGGGGAGGGCAGCAGCCGGGGGCCAACUACGCCCACCUCGCCGCGUUCCUGCGAACCGCACCUCGCGACCAGGUGGUUCAGUUUUUCGGCGCUGUGGGCGAGGGCCUUGAAGACGAGAUCGCCUCCAGAGCUGACGAAACCCCUGUCUGGCUCAGCACUUCGGGACUUGGGGUAUACUGGCUGCACGCGAGGUUAGACUCCGUGCCGAAGUACUACACGUAUGCGCCGUUCAAGGCAUUAUGAUGUACAGCAGUUGGGAAGUUGGGAGCGAGCGCACGUGGCGCAUUGCGAGAGGGUCAUAGCUGCGCAUUUCGACUUGUGCGUGGCCUUCGAGUGGGUGGUGAGGUCUCACUGUCUCUUCUUGUUGCGGCCAGCGGGGUGUUGGCGUGGGUGACCACGCAGGCUCAGAGGCCGAACCAUGUCCGCACAUUUUUUAUCUGUAUGAUACAGCAGUGGUCGCCAGGACGGUGCGUUCGUGGUCGAAAUCUGUGCUUCUUGCACGCUACUACUGCUGUGUUGUGCUGUUGAGGGCCCUUGCGGCAUCGUCAACUCCUGGCGGGUUAAUUGUGACGAGCCCACAGUCCCCCUGACUUAGUGUUCAAGUUGUCGUGUUUCCAAGUGGUAGUGCCCCUUGGUGUCCAUGUCGUGGUCGUGGAAGUCGCGGAAGUAGCGUAUCGGAGGAGAGCCGUGGCGCGGCAAGAUACUGGCCAUCUCGGAUACUGUUGUGGCAAUGCGUCGUUGUCGAUCUUUGGGUGCGUUGUUGUCGAUCUUUGGGGUCUUGGCAAGAUGAUUCGCAUAUCAUUCGGGGCUAGGGUAGACUGCGGGUAGUGGUGCGGCGAUUGAGGAGAACAAGAGGGAAAAGGC